AGAGCAGCGCGACUUCAGUCUGUGGUUGUGAACGGGAAGUGCGGGCUGUGUGCGUGCAUUUGAGCUGGAAAAUAAUAAUAAUAAUAAUGAAGCGUUCAAAAUGCUUUAUGUUUUAGUCUGAGGUUUUCGGUCGUCGCGGGAGGUGUGUGCGUCUGCUGUGUGUAAAUAUUGUAGGUUUUGUCUGGAGAGGCAGAAGACAGAGUUGUGGUUCACCUCCAGCACAUCAGCUGCUACUGCAGAACCAAACCGCCUCUAAUAAUAAAGCAGCUCAUGAUGAGCCAGAAGCGCAGUGCAUGAUCGCUUUGCAGGGAAUCUAGCAGUGACAUCAUGAAUUUGGUCCGUCUUGUGUGUCGUCACAAGACAGCCCUGGCACUUGGUGUCUUCUUCCUAUUCGCCGUCGUCCUUUUGUUCCUCGCCAAAUGUACGUCUGAGACACUGAAGCCGGCUGAGUCCCCAGGGGCGGCGCCGCGGGCCGAGUCACGACAGAAGCAGCCGGCAGGGCCUCCUCAUGCCAAAGAGCUCUCUACAUUCCUGGUCGUUCUCAUCACCACGGGGCCGAAGUACACCGAGCGUCGCAGUAUCAUCCGGAGCACCUGGCUGACCAAGCAGGAUCCCGAAGUGCUCUACUGGUUUGUCGUCGGCACAGAGGGUUUACCCGCCGAAGACCUCCAGAACCUCGAAACCGAGCAGAUCCGUCACCAUGACCUCCUCCUGCUCCCUGACCUCCGGGAUUCGUACGAGAACCUCACGCAGAAACUGCUUCACAUGUACUCCUGGUUGGACCAAAACGUGGACUUCAAAUUCGUUCUGAAGGCCGACGACGACACCUUCACCCGCUUGGAAGUCCUCAAAGAGGAGCUGAAGACUAAGGAGCCCAGCCGACUCUACUGGGGCUUCUUCUCCGGCCGCGGGAGAGUGAAAACGGCCGGGAAAUGGAAAGAAAGUGCCUGGGAACUGUGCGACUACUACUUACCUUAUGCGCUGGGUGGAGGCUACGUGCUGUCUGCUGACCUCGUGCACUACGUACGUCUCAACGUGGGGUUUCUAAAGACCUGGCAGAGUGAGGACGUGUCCUUGGGUGCCUGGUUGGCCCCUGUGGACGUGAAGCGAGUUCACGAUCCGCGCUUCGACACGGAGUACAAGUCGCGCGGCUGCAGCAAUAAGUACCUGGUCACUCACAAGCAGAGUUUAGAGGACAUGUUGGAGAAGCAUCAGACACUACAGCGCGAUGGGCGGCUGUGCAAAGAGGAAGUCAAACUGAGGCUGUCCUACAUUUACGACUGGAGCGUCCCGCCUUCCCAGUGUUGCCAACGGAAGGAUGGCAUCCCCUGACAUCUGUGAUCUUAUGCAUUUUUUUUCACUUGCUAUUUAUUAAUUUAUUAUCAAUGUUGUGUGUCGAGCCGAAACAGCAUUUCUUAACCUUUUGAAAAGGCGUUUUAAAUUAGAAAUACGGGAGAUGGUGUUACUCAAAAGCUGCUCUUUUUGAGAUCGAGAUGUUCUUCCCUUAUUAGGCUGAUUCAACAUAGUCAGCUUGUACGGAGAGCCUGGGGGAUUCUGGGUAACGGGAACUUUGAUAUCAAAUAUUUCUGCUGUAUUCUCUGCAUUCACCUUCUGUACUUGAUGUCCACCGAUAGAAUUCUCCAUCUUAUCGUUCAUUUAUAAUCGUGAGAUGUUUGGAGUGUAUCUGUUGUAAUAAAUCUACAUUGAUAAGAAAAGGUGGGGCCAGGCUAGCAGUUUAUUAAUGAGAAAGAUAAAUGUUCAUAUACAUGUAUUUUAACAAAACAGAUGGUUUUUCAUUGUGAUCGAGAACCUGAGAUGGUUUUCUUUGAGAGUUUUGCUCACAAAUUUGCCAUAUAAUGAUAAAGCUGUAUUGAAGAUUAGAGAACUUGACCGCCAAGUUUGGCAGUAUUUCUAGUAUGUUAUGUGUUGUGACGGAGCUGUAAAAAUGUACCUCAGAUUUUAUUAAACGUUUUUGUUCUGUUUUUACACCACAUCAG